AUGCGUCGUAGCCCUAGUCCCUCUCGGUCUGGUCGUUCCUGGGCCAAUAACGCCCGACCGGUCAAUAUGAUGCCUUAUCAAUAUUAUCCUGCUCCCGUGCCCGCCAGCCUGCCUGCUGCAGAUGACCGCCGCGUAGAUGUCAUGACGCCCAGGGACUGUCUACUCUCGAUGGAAGUACCUCCAACCUCCCUCUACUUUUUGUGCAUUUCCUCGGUUAUCCUGCACCAAGUAUUAUCCGAUCCAUCGCCCUAUUCUACCCUCAAAAAUGCGGGCCGUUGGCCCCUUCUUCCUACAUUCCAAAGAGGCCUAGGCCUUGCUCAUACAGGAUAUGAAGGAAAUCAUUCAUUUGCUCUAGAACCACUGGAAUUUUUCUCACAUGUACAUACAGCAGGUGAGCUCUAUUUCCAGCGGAAACCCUUUCAGUUGGUAGCCAAUUAUGGUUGGUUGGUUUCCUGCGUUUUUAGUCAGGCUGCUCAUUCCUCCUCCCUCCACUCACCAGUCCCAUUACCCAUGUUGCUGCCCUGUAGCCAAGACGAUUUCACACAAUCAGGUAGUCGCUAUGGCGAUCAAAUUGGCGUUGUGGCCUUCAGCUGUAUAGUGUCGCUUUACUGCCUGUCCGUUUGUCAUAUUGCUCGGACGGAUCUUGAUCGCUGUCUCUCGCCUGGACCACAGGCGAGAACUGUUAAUUGCAUAGAUUCGCAGAAUCGCCCAUUUUUCAUUCUUGUCACACCUGACACUGAACACUUAGUAACAGCUGGCAGUCGUGGGGAUGAUUUCUUUUGCCCCCCUAUUCAUUAGUGGUUUCCGGCCCAUCGAGUAACUUUCGGACAGCAGCUCAAGAGAUCAGACUUCGGUCUCAGCCUCGAGUGGCUUCGAAUGCCGUUAGGCGUUCUGCCUUCCCUGCGCUCUGGCUCUCCUAUCCUAUACUCUCCGUUGCCUAAUGACCCGAUGGAGGCAGUUCUUCUGCUAUGUUUAUCUCGGUCAAAGCGGAUUUUUGUAGUUUCCUCCAUCGCAGCUUCAGAUUAUGAUAUGAUGCUGAGGCAACGUAUUGUUUCUCCGUUUUCCUUACCAUAA